UAGAGUUUGAAAAUUCCAAAUUUGAAGGAAGACAUGGAAAAAUCCAGUAAUCUUAUUAUGGUUUCUUCUCUUUUAAUGGCGUUUUUGUUUGCUUAUUCUGCAUCUGUCCAGCUUAAUGAUUCUGAUUGGUAUCUUUGGUUUCCUCUUUACGCACUAGCUUCUGCGGUUAAUCUGAUAAAUUGCAGAAAAAUAUCUAAAUCAAGAAGAAUAAAACAGAUGAUAACAACAGCUCUUAGCUUGGGUUUGUUCUUGUUGGUUAAAGUCGUUGCAGAGGAUGUAAUAACAGAGGAUACUGGAAUCUUGUCUUUGGAUCUCACUCAUAGAGUAGUAAGAGAGAAGAUCGGAAGUGGUUUGGUUGUAGCUUCUAUGGUUCUGCAACUACAAGCUUCUUGUUCAAAACCAAAAGACAAGUCCGUUGACUUUGGGAUGGCUGCAACUGUAAUCUUUGGCUAUGGACUUCCCUUUUGGUUCUUCACAAUAGAGAAGGGAGAAAUCGAGAUUUGAUUCCUUUUCUUGUUAUUAUGUUGGCCGUAUCGUCUGCAUGUCGAUGCAAACUCACAGGUCACAGAUCGUUUUUCGUUUUGAUGUCAUAUAUCGACGACUGAUGGCAAGUCGUUAAUUCUUCAUUUUUGGAAAUUUCAUC